GGCGGACAUGUUGGUCAGGCGGUGGGAGAAAAUCGGGCAUCGUUUAGUUUUUCGAAAAAUAACAUAGCUAACGUUAGAUCAAAACCAGAUUUAUCUAUGUAGAACCAGAAAGUUUUCCUUCUGUAUCGGUCAAUAUCGAUGGCCGAUGACAAUGUGAGGCUUACUGCGAACGGACGGCAAUGAAAUGUUGUAACAAGACGGUGUUUUAAACUGAUCGAAAUUUGGAAGGAUCAUUGUUUUUCCGCCACUUCUACUUUGCAGCUGUCAGACUCGUUUAUAGUUUUUUUGCAAGGGCCUUACACUGAUAUAUGGACACAAGCCUGGGAGUAAUGUGGCUACUUUGCAACCUAUCGGAUUUUUAAAACUGUAUUUAAGUUUUACUCUUUGGAUGUAUCGAUCUAUUUUUAAAUCCUGCACAACUCCUCUGCGGCAUCCUGUGGACGCCGACUAAUCUGUUGAUGCAUUUAGCCAAGUUAAUUUAGCUAGCGUUAGCAAGUUGCAAUUGCUGAAGUUGUCUGCAAAACCUGGCUGAACUAGGGAAAUAUAUUUUUUGAAAAUGUGGCUUUUGAAUAUCAAACGCCACUUUAAACGUUUCAUGGUCAGUGAAAAAGAGAGAAGAGACACGUUUCUUUGAUUGAAUCUGCGGGUUCUUGCUAAACACUUGAGUACACGCAAAGGAAAUAACAUUAGGCUAACUAGCUACGUUAGCAAUUGAGCUAGAUUGCUAACUCGUUUUAUUUAGCUAUAGCACCGGCGUGGAACUCUACUUGUCUGCAAACAUGUCGUCUGGAGAAAGUUUGGAAGCUCGUUUUGAGAAAAUCGAUGCCAUGUUGAAGGACCCGAAGUCGGAAAUAAACACUGAUUGCCUUUUGGAUGGCUUGGAUGCGUUGGUGUACGACCUUGACUUUCCAGCCUUGAGGAAAAACAAAAGCAUCGACAACUUUUUGAAUAGAUAUAAGGACACCAUCAGUAAGAUCCGGGACCUGCGGAUGAAAGCAGAGGACUAUGAGGUGGUCAAGGUUAUCGGGAGGGGUGCUUUUGGAGAAGUGCAGUUGGUAAGACACAAAGCCACGAGGAAGGUGUACGCCAUGAAGCUGCUUAGCAAGUUUGAAAUGAUCAAAAGGUCGGACUCUGCUUUCUUCUGGGAGGAGAGGGACAUCAUGGCCUUUGCCAACAGCGCCUGGGUUGUGCAGCUGUUUUAUGCGUUCCAGGAUGACCGUUACCUCUACAUGGUGAUGGAGUAUAUGCCCGGUGGAGACCUGGUCAACUUGAUGAGCAACUAUGAUGUCCCCGAGAAGUGGGCCCGCUUCUACACCGCUGAGGUGGUGCUGGCUCUAGACGGGAUCCACGCCAUGGGCUUCAUACACAGGGACGUGAAGCCUGAUAACAUGUUGCUAGAUAAAGCGGGCCACUUGAAGUUGGCAGACUUUGGGACCUGUAUGAAAAUGAACAAGGAUGGUAUGGUACGAUGCGACACAGCAGUGGGAACACCAGACUACAUUUCGCCAGAGGUACUAAAAUCCCAGGGAGGAGAUGGAUAUUACGGCCGGGAGUGUGACUGGUGGUCCGUGGGAGUCUUCCUGUAUGAAAUGCUCGUUGGUGACACACCGUUCUAUGCUGACUCGUUGGUGGGGACGUACAGUAAAAUCAUGAACCACAAGAAUGCCCUGACCUUCCCUGAUGACAGCGACAUCUCCAAGGAUGCCAAAAACCUUAUCUGUGCCUUCCUGACUGACAGGGAGGUAAGACUGGGUCGCAACGGGGUGGAUGAGAUCAAGAGACAUCCUUUCUUCAAGAACGACCAGUGGACAUGGGAGAACAUCCGAGAUACGGCAGCCCCGGUGGUGCCUGAGCUGAGCAGCGACAUCGACACCAGUAACUUUGACGAGAUCGAGGCGGACCGGGGAGACGAGGAGACCUUCCCCAUACCAAAGGCCUUCGUGGGCAACCAGCUGCCCUUUGUGGGCUUCACCUACUAUAGCAGUCAUCAGUUUUCCCGGAGCUCCAGCACCAAGAGUGUUGACAAACGCAGCAGCUCCACUAAGGAAGACAAGAGCCAUCUGGAGAACCUGCAGAAGAGGAUCUACCAGCUAGAAGAACAACUCCACAGUGAGAUGCAGCUGAAGGACGAAAUGGAGCAGAAGUGCAGGACCUCGAACACAAAGCUUGACAAGAUCAUGAAAGAGCUGGACGAGGAGGGCAACGUGAGGAAGGGUGUAGAGGCCAGCAUGUCCCUGCUGGAGAAAGACAAGAUGAUGACCCAGCACCGAGCCACCGAGUACCAAAGAAAGGCCGACCAGGAGGCCGAGAAGAGACGCAACUUGGAGAACGAGGUGUCCACUCUGAAGGAGCAGCUUGAGGACAUGAGGAAAAUCUGCCAAAACUCUCAGGCCUCGAAUGACAAGAUCCUACAGUUGCAAAAUCAGCUGGAGGAGGCCAAUGACCUGCUGCGGGCAGAGUCGGACACGGCAGCGCGGCUGAGGAAGAGCCACACAGAGAUGGCCAAGUCCAUGAGCCAGCUGGAGGGGCUGAACCGCGAGCUGCAGGAGAAGAGCCGUUCGUCUGACGGGGGGAGGGCACAGCUAGAGAAGGAGCUGCUGCAGCUGCAGAGCACCCUGGACUCUGAAAGGAGGUGCUACAGCCAGGGAUCAGAGGAGAUCCACGAGCUGCAAGUGCGGAUGACUGGUUUUCAGGAGGACAAUAAGAACUUGGAACUCAGCCUGUCCAAAGUGGAGGCGGAACGCAAGCAGGCCCAGGAGAGGAGAAACAACCUGGAGAAGGAGAAGAACAACCUGGAGAUUGACCUGAACUACAAGCUGAAGACUCUGCAGCAGCGUUUGGACCAGGAACACACAGAACACAGAGUGACACGGGCCCAGCUCACUGACAAAUACGAGUCCAUUGAAGAGGCCAAGUCAGCUGCCAUGCAUGCGGUGCAGCAGAAGGUGUCGGAGGAGAGCGGGGCGAGGAUGCGAGCGGAGAGCAGGGUGGUGGAGGUGGAGAAGCAGUGCUCCAUGCUGGAGUUUGACCUCAAGCAGUCCGUGCAGAAGAUGGAGCAGCUGAUGAAGCAGAAGGAGAGGCUGGAGGACGAGGUGAAAGGUCUACGGAUGCAGCUGGAGCAGGAGUCCAGUAAAAGGCUGCUGGCCCAGAACGAGCUGAAGUGCCGCUCGCAGGAGGCCGACCGGCUUAAGAGCUCGGAGAAGCAGCUGAAGCAGGAGAUCAACACGGCACUAGAGAGCAAACGGUCGCUCGAGUUCCAGCUCGCACAGCUCACUAAGCAGUACAGGGGCAACGAGGGACAGAUGAGGGAACUUCAGGACCAGCUUGAGGCCGAACAGUAUUUUUCAACGCUUUAUAAAACUCAGGUGAAGGAACUGAAAGAGGAUAUUGAGGAGAGGAACCGGCAGGUCCAGGAAGCUCACAAGAAGGUGCAGGAGCUGCACAGCGAAAGGGACUCCCUGUUGGCCCAGCUGGAUCUGACAGUGACCAAGGCGGAGUCGGAGCAGCUGGCCAGGGCGCUCCAGGAGGAGCAAUACUUUGAGCUGAGCCAGGAGAACAAGAAGGCCACGGCCAGACACAAGCAGGAGGGCACCGAGAAGGAUGCCACCAUCGCACGGCUUGAGGAUUCCAACAAAACCCUGACCAAAGAUGUGGAGAACCUCAGCAAGGAGAAGGCCGAGCUGAACAAUAAGCUUCGCAUUCAGGAGGAAGAGUAUGCCUCCCAGAAAGAGGAGAUUACAAACACAAUCAAGGCCAACUACGAGAAGGUUCUCAGCACAGAGCGCACGCUCAAGACUCAGGCGGUGAACAAGCUGGCAGAGAUCAUGAACAGGAAGGAUAUGAAGCUGGACACCAAGAAGAAGGGCAACACGACCGACCUGAGGAAGAAGGAGAAGGAGAACCGCAAGCUGCAGCUUGAGCUCAAACAGGAGAAGGACAAGUUCAACCACAUGGCCAUUAAGAACCAGAAGGAGCUCAGUGAGAUGCAGGCGCAACUGUCCGAGGAGUGCACGUACCGCAAUGAGCUGCAGAUGCAGCUGGACAGCAAGGAGAGUGACAUCGAGCAGCUGAGGGAGAAGCUCAACGACCUGCAGCUGCGCAUGGACAACUCCAGCGUCACCAGCCUGCAGAUGGACGAGACGGACAGCAACAUCGCCGAAUCCAGACUGGAAGGGUGGCUGUCCAUUCCUAAUAAACCUAAUAUCAAACGAUAUGGCUGGAAGAAGCAGUAUGUGGUGGUGAGCAGCAAGAAGAUUCUGUUCUACAACGAUGAACAGGACAAAGAACAGUCCAACCCCUCCAUGGUACUAGAUAUCGACAAACUGUUCCACGUGCGUCCAGUCACCCAGGGUGAUGUGUACCGAGCAGAGACCGAGGAGAUCCCCAGGAUAUUCCAGAUCCUGUAUGCCAAUGAGGGGGAGUGCAGGAAGGAGGCGGACAUGGAGACGGUCUCGCAGGGCGACAAGACCAACUGUCUGCCCCACAAAGGUCAUGAGUUCAUCCCCACGCUUUACCACUUCCCCACAAACUGCGAGGCCUGUGCCAAGCCCCUGUGGAACGUCUUCAAGCCCCCACCUGCCCUGGAGUGCCGCCGCUGCCACGUCAAGUGCCACCAGGACCACCUCGACAAGAAGGAGGACGUCAUUGCACCCUGCAAAGUGAACUACGACGUGACCUCUGCCCGGCACAUGCUCCUGCUAGCCCUGACCCAAGACGAGCAGAAGAAAUGGAUCGGCCACCUGGGCAAGAAGAUCCCCAAAACACCGCCCUCCUCCUUCCUGAGGGCGUCGCCCCGCACCAUGUCCACCCGCCCCGCACCCAACCAGUCCUUCCGCAAGAACCCCAAAAGCAUCACAGGGAAGCCAAGAAGAUGGCGUGGCUCGUCGUUCCAAAACGUGGGACUUGGGACCUGAAUGGGAGAUGGAAAGAAAGAGCGAGGGGCUCGUGACAUGCUGUGGGUAGUACAUCUUCCAUGUCAGGAAUAGGAAGGGUUUAUGGUUGAAUAAAUGACUGGAGGUUUUGCUGGGACUCUUGCAUGUAAACAUGGUCAACAUUGAGGUACUGCAGUACAGGGAUUGGCUUAACUCUGUGGAGAAUGGGUACAUCUCGGGGAAACGUAAAUGUGUUUUUUUCCCCCCGUCUGAGAAAAGAGAAACUCUGUUUCCAUCUAAAUUGACUUCAAUGCCUUUGACUGAUGGACUCUGGUGGCCUUUGCUUCGAUCCCUUAUUACUUGGCACUCCAGCUAUAUCAGGGUUCAGUUGAGACAGAGUAUGUAUUGGGAACUGAGUAUUAGAUGUUUUUCAGUAUUGAGUGAGGAGCGUGCAAGAUCAUUUAAAUCUAUGCAUUAUUUUUAUUAAUUAUUGUAAUUGCUCCAAGCCAUAAGCAAAUUCCAUUGUAAUGGCGGAUAGGAGACCUAAAAAGUAUUUUCCUUUUCUUUGUGUAUUCAUUGGGUACAUUGUUUUCUGUAAUAUUGUAUUUUUUUUGUAUGUAUUGCCUUACAUUGACUCAUAGAUAAAUGGUUCAAAAGGAAAACAUUAAGUUAACAAAUGUAAAACUGCACUGUUUGAAUUGUAAAUUAUUUGUAGAAGACUUAACCAGGUGUAGCAUUUGGCCCACCUAGUGCCUUAAUGUUUGGAUAAUGAUUUUACUGCCAUAUCUGUUUUGUGUUUAUCUCCAAAAACAAGACAAAUCCAAACUCUUCCAUUUUUUUUUAUUUUUAUCUGCUACAUUGUGGUUUUAUCAUAACGUUUCCUGUCUGGUUGGAGUUUAUUUUGAAUGCCUCUUUAUAGACUCAUUGCUAUAGUGUAAUGUGUCAACACAAAGUUCCCAGAGUCCAGUAUCUAGCUCACAACAGUUUCUGGAUGGUGUAUCUUGACGAAGGCUUGUUAAAAAUGUAGUUAUAAUUAUAUUCAUAUGGUAACGUCCCAUUCACGCAAAUCCAGCUGUGUACAUAAUUUGAAGAUAAAAAAAAACAAUGAUCAUGAAUACCGCUAAUUCAAAAUGUUUUUUUUGUUCAGUAAAAAGAGGUUGAGGGGGAAGCACUGGAACUAUGACCUACUUACUCUAUUUUGUCUUGGAUGAAUCGCAUGUUUAAUUGCAUUGGAGGCUGCACUGAUGGAUAUGUGUCAAUAAACAUAUCUUUAUCUAUAAUCUA